GUUAGUGCCACUGCAGCCAGCCACUCUCAUUUCCCCUUCCAUACCCUGCAGGCAGAAGAAACUUUCAGCCAUGGCCACCACCGCGUCCAGCCUCCUCAAGUCCUCCUUCGCGGGCGCCAGGCUCCCGGCGUCCACGCGCACGCCGUCGUCGCCCGCCGUCGUGGCCACCCCGCGCGGCGCCGGGGCGAUCCGCGCGUCGUCCAUCUCCUCCUCGAACCCGCCCUACGACCUGACGUCCUUCCGGUUCAGCCCCAUCAAGGAGUCGGUCGUCUCCCGCGAGAUGACCCGGCGGUACAUGACGGACAUGAUCACCUACGCCGACACGGACGUGGUCAUCGUGGGCGCCGGCUCCGCGGGGCUCUCCUGCGCGUACGAGCUCUCCAAGGACCCGUCCGUGAGCAUCGCCAUCGUGGAGCAGUCGGUGUCACCGGGCGGCGGCGCGUGGCUGGGCGGGCAGCUGUUCUCGGCCAUGGUGGUGCGCAAGCCGGCGCACCUGUUCCUUGACGAGCUGGGCGUCGCCUACGACGAGGCCGAGGACUACGUGGUCAUCAAGCACGCCGCGCUCUUCACGUCCACCGUCAUGAGCCGCCUCCUGGCGCGCCCCAACGUGAAGCUGUUCAACGCCGUCGCCGUGGAGGACCUGAUCGUCAAGGGAGGGCGCGUCGGCGGCGUCGUCACCAACUGGGCGCUCGUGUCCAUGAACCACGACACGCAGUCGUGCAUGGACCCAAACGUGAUGGAGGCCAAGGUGGUGGUCAGCUCCUGCGGCCACGACGGGCCGUUCGGGGCCACCGGCGUCAAGAGGCUGCAGGACAUCGGCAUGAUCAGCGACGUGCCCGGGAUGAAGGCACUCGACAUGAACACCGCCGAGGACGAGAUCGUGCGCCUCACGCGCGAGGUCGUGCCAGGCAUGAUCGUCACCGGCAUGGAGGUCGCCGAGAUUGACGGCGCCCCGAGGAUGGGCCCGACGUUCGGCGCCAUGAUGAUCUCCGGGCAGAAGGCGGCGCACCUGGCGCUGAAGGCGCUGGGGAGGCCCAACGCCGUGGACGGGACCAUCAAGGUGGUGUCGCCGGCGUUGCGUCAGGAGUUCGUGAUUGCGUCCAAGGACGAUGAGGUCGUGGACGCGUGAGCGCGGGGAGGAGCUUAGCGCGCGCUCUGGCUUCGUUUUUUGGACUUUGCCUUGUUGAUGACUUUGUCCGAAUGAAUUCCCUUUCAGUUAGCGUACAUCUCGCUAGCGUCGUGUUAAUACCCCAGCACAUCAUGCCACCCGCAUGUUAAUAGCGUCGUGUUAUUUGUUGGAAUAAUAAAACCUUGUUGCCUAGCAUGCAAGUGCAUCUCAAUUAA